AUGAGCCUGUACUACGAGCCCCAGAACCAGCCCGGGACCGAGCUUGUCCGCCACUCGAGCCUCUACUACGACGUGUCCGAGGAGCUGCUCGAGGUGAACUCGAAGCUGUCCACUCUUCGCGGGUUGAGCCUGGCGCGGCACGCAUCCGUCAUCCCGCCGGCGUGCGUCGAUCCGCGCAUGAUUGUCGUCGACGGACCCAUCGGGGCCGGCAAGUCCCUCUUCUGCCGCCGCCUUGUCGAGCACGCCCAGGACAGCGGGCUGAAGGCAGUGGUCAUCGAGGAGGUUGUGGGGCUCGAGUGCUUCAGCGCGUACGGGAUCACGCUCGACGAGUAUUACAGGGACCCGCACGCCAACGCGUACCGCUUCCAGCUCGCCGUCACACAUGCUCUCGCAGACCAGCUCCUCGAGUACCGCUUCACGGACAAGUACAAGGACUACGACCUCGUCAUCUUCGACCGCUGGCUGCCCUCGACGAGUGCGUUCGUCCUUUUCCAGGUGCAGGAGGGCCAUAUUACGGGCCGCCAGGCGAUGUACCUCCACUACCUGAUCGACGUCUACAUGUCGUACGCGGGGAUCCUUCCGGCGACACACGUCCGCUUUGCGACGGACCCGCUGAUCUGUGCGCAGCGUAUCGUCCAGCGCGCUGCUGAGGAGGAACACCGCCAGUGCGAGGAGGACGCGCUCGGGGUCGUGAGUAAGACGAACGAGUUCCUCCUCAAGCACAAGGGCGUCUACACGCCGGUCUUCAACCUGAACCAUCCAGCGGACACCGAGUGGAGCAAGGCCUUCUCGGCGGGGAACCAGUUCUCGCUCGUCGCGGCCGCGAGGGUGACGCGCCAGUACGUUGUCGAGAAUACUCUCUUCCUCGGCGAGGACCGCCGCUACUUCGUCCAGAUCGGGAUGCGCAGGAUCAACGCGUUUGUCUUCUUCAACGAGCUCUGCGAUUGGACCGCAUAUGGGAGGUUCGUCAAUCCGUUCAAGCGCCGCAUGCAGAUGAUGGCCUUGUCGUUUGAUGAGUUCCAGGAGGUCCUUGCGCGCGACGAGGAGAGCAGCAUGGAGUAA